AUGAAAUAUUUGGAUUUGUUAUUUAUUCAUUGUUUUUAUUUACAAUUUGGAGUUAAUACAGCUGAACAUUCUCUAAGAGGAUUUGAUGAUACAGUUCUCUUUGAUAUCAAUUGGGUAGACAGCAAUUCUAAGGAUUUAGAAUUGAUGAAUGGAGAAUCUAUAAUAGUAACAUCAUCACAUCAGGAGAAAUAUAAAUGUCAUCUGCCGAAAAUCCAAGAAAAAGACAGUAAAGAAAACCAAGAUAAAUAUGAGGGCCCUACCGCAUUGGAGCUUAUAGCUCCUUUAUUCAGUCAAUCUUUAUGCUCCUACAGAUUAGAAUCCUAUUGGACUUAUGAAGUUUGUCAUGGGAAAUUUGUGAGGCAGUAUCAUGAAGACCGAGAAGGCAAAAAAACUAAACUUCAAGAAUAUAUUCUAGGGAAAUGGAAUGAUGAAGAGUAUAAUAAAUUAUUAAAAGAGUUUCAACAAACAGAAAAUGAAAUGGGUCAAAUUCCUGUCAAAAAAAUUGAAAAUGUCAAUUUGCCUUACCUAGAAAUUCAUAUGGGAAAUGGAACAACAUGUGAUUUGAACAACAACAAACCUCGUGAAACUAGAGCACUUUAUGUAUGUUAUGCUCAUGGAAAGCAUGAUGUGUAUUCAUUGAAAGAAACCUCAACAUGUCAAUAUGAAUUAGUAAUAUUAUCUCCCCUAUUAUGUUCUCAUCCAAAAUAUAAGCCUAAAGAAAGUGGAGAACAUCCAAUUAAUUGUACGCCUAUUGAAGGUAGCACAGUUAAACCGUAUAACUUGGCUAAAUUAAAAGCUCAGAGUAAACAACUCAGAAUGCAGUCAGAGUUUGAAGGUAUCAGAAUCACACCCAUAGAUUUAACUGAAAGAGAAUUUUCUAUUAUUUCAAUAGAAAAUGCAAUCACCGAUACUUCACCAGUUGAAAACUUUUUGGCAGGAAAAAACUGUUUAACUGGUGGAACUGGUUGGUGGAGAUACGAAUUUUGUUACGGAAAAUCAGUGGAGCAAUAUCAUAUUGAAAAAGAUGGCACCAAAAUCUCUAUCAAUUUAGGAAUAUUCAUGAGGGAUAAACAUAUCGAAUGGUUGAAAGAUCAUCCUCAGAAAAGACCCAAAUCAGUUUCCCAAAGAAAGCAGUUAUCUCACUUUUAUUCAAAUGGAGAAAUAUGUGAUAAGACUGGUAAACCGAGACAAACAGAAGUCAAAUUAAAAUGUUUGGAGAAUACUUCCAAUCUAAAUGCUGUUUCUCUUUACUUAUUGGAGCCCAGAUAUUGUGAAUAUAUUUUAGGUGUCGAGUCUCCUUUAAUUUGUAAAAUUCUAUCUAGAGUAGACGAAAAUGGACUUGUACCUUUGAAACUUUCUGAUAAUUCUGAUAUCAUUGGUGAAUGA